AUGGAAAAUCUCAAAGUAAAGUUGCAUGAGAUAGCUGACAUCCUGAAGAUAUCAUUUGGUAGUGUUUACACUAUUUUGCAUGAACAUUUGGUCAAGAAAAAGCUUUUUUCGAAAUGGGUGCCGCGUUUGCUCAGAAUGGAACAGAAACAACAACGCGUCGAUGAUUCAGAGCGUUAUUUGACACUGUUUACGCGAAAUAAACAGGAGUUUUUCUGUCGGUAUGUGACAAUGGAUGAAACUUGGAUCCACCACUAUACUCCGGAAUCAAAUCGGCAGUCAGCUGAGUGGAGAGCAGCCGGUGAAAGUCGUCCGAAGAGACCAAAAACUCAACAGUCGGCCGGGAAGGUUAUGGCCUCCGUAUUUUGGGAUGCACAUGGUAUAAUAUUCAUCGAUUACCUUGAAAAGGGAAAAACUAUCAAUAGCGAAUAUUACAUAGCGUUAUUGGAGCGUUUGAAGGCAAAAAUUGCAAAAAACGGCCUCAUAUGA